AUGGCCAACGAAGCGCGAUUCCGACCAGACAGCAUCGCUCUAUCAAACCUCUCUUCACAGGCCCCUCUUCCCAAUGGAAUUGUUAACAUCGGUAGCCCUCUGUCAUCUUGCUCUCUCCCAGAAGAUGAUGUACCCUUCCUGACAGAGGAAACUGCAACGGAAAACUCAGCAAACGAUGAGUUGUCCCCUGGACUUGCUCGACGGCUCUAUAUUUCCCACUUUCUAUCAACGUGGAAUUUCCGGGGAUUCGAGUUCGGCGCUGUUUUGUUCCUAGCCAACGUCUUUCCCAACACACUGCUGCCUUUGUCUAUCUACGCUCUAGUCCGGUCUCUGGCCGCGAUUGCCUUUGCGCCAUUAGUCGGACGGUACAUCGAUACCGGCUCACGUCUCCAGGUUGUUCGCAAUUCGAUCGUCUACCAGCGAGGAGCCGUCGUUCUUUCAUGCGGCGUCUUUUAUAUCAUGCUCUGGCAAAGGCCACACCUCCAAACGGUCAAUCUUUACACACUUCUCGCCUUGGGUACUAUCCUGGCUUGUGUCGAAAAGCUUUGUGCAAUCAUGAACACUGUGUCUGUCGAAAGAGAUUGGGUCGUGGUCAUUGCUGGUGACAACGAAGCGAUACUCCGAACACUCAAUUCCCAGAUGCGUCGCAUCGACCUUUUCUGUAAACUCUGCAGUCCUCUGCUCAUCGCAUCAUUGGAAAGUUAUGACACAAAAGUCGCCAUUGUCGUAAUGGGCAGUGUCAACGCCGUCUCUACCAUCGCAGAAUAUUGCUUCAUUGAAAGGGUAUAUGCGGCGGUCCCGAAACUUGUGCGCGGCUGUACACCUCCCAUCAGGAACCAUGGGAGCGGUGAUGACCUGGAACAAGAAUCGGCGUCCGUUCCACAUGAUGUUGUUAGACUAUCAUUGUGGCGGAAUUUGAACAUCUACACGUCUCAGGGAGCUUUCCUGCCCUCCCUCUCACUGUCCAUCCUGUACCUAACGGUCUUGUCCUUUUCCGGGCAAAUGGUUACGUAUCUUCUGGCCAGUGGGUAUACUUCGACCAUUAUUGCGGUGAUUCGUUUGAUAUCAACUGGGUGUGAGAUGUCGGCCACUUGGAUGGCACCGUCCGUCAUGGGUUUGAUUGGGCCCAUUAGAUCCGGCCUCUGGUUCCUCAACUUCCAGAUGGUCUGUCUGGCCAUCGCUCUCGGUUUCUUCUGGAUGGCGGGGUCGCCAGUAUGGGCGGCUUCUGGACUGAUCGCCGGCACGAUCCUUAGCCGCGUUGGCCUUUGGGGAUUUGAGCUAUCGGCACAAGUCAUUAUUCAAGAGCAGGUCGAACCAGAAUUCCGUGGGUCCUUCUCGACAACCGAAUCCUCGAUUCAAAAUAUCUUUGAGCUCUGCGCAUAUGCCUCGACCAUUCCGUUUACACUGCCGGAGCCCUUUACGCCAGUUUUGUUAGACGCAGACGCGGUCAUUUGGUCCACGUUUCAAGAUGCCUGGAAGGCAGAAAACAUUCGACUCUAG